AUGAACGCCCCCAGGCCUAAGAAAAACUGCAAACUGCGACCAAGCCCGGCAUUGCCGUUGGUCUCGCACCGGAUCAGGGGGUUUUUCAACGGCUUUUGCGUCACUCUCGACGAUCCCGACGACAUGAAAACGGUCAUUUCGAUGGGUUAUUUCGGUAAAGCCAACUUGUCCCGGAACUACCCCCAUUUCGGGGUGAAACAACCCGAGAUUGUCUUCAAACGGGUGUAUGAGAACCGCAAACGACACGCGAACGAUAAGCCGCGCAAAAUUGUGGUGUUGUCGGACGACUUGGACGAUUUGACCAAUUUCAGGCCCGAAUUUCGCUUGGAUUCGUCGGGACUGCGGGAAAGUGUUAAUUUGGGGCUUGAAGAGGCGUUUUUUCUCGCCACUGCAAUAAACUGUCUCGAUGUGUACGACGAAGUGUGUUUAAGUCCCGAACAAUUGUGGGAAGUUUUCAAAAAGAGCGACAAAUAUUUCGCUCAGAACUACAUCGCCUAUUACUAUUUCAGAGCGAAGAAUUGGGUCGUGAAACCCGGGAUUAAAUUUGGGGGCGAUUUUCUGUUAUACAAACAAGGGCCGCCUUUUUAUCAUGCGUCUUAUGUCGUGAUAAUUUGUGUCGUUGAUGGGGAUUUAAAACCGAUAAAAAGCCAGAACAGACGUUCCAUGAGAAAAACCCACCUGAUGGGGUUGAACCGGUUGUGUGAAACGGCCCGGAAAGAACUGCUGAUUUGCGAGAUUGUGUGCCCCGGUGUUUCCCCCGACUCAAUCCCCUUCAACGAGAUUGGCAAGUUUACGAUCAAGGAAACAAUAAUGAAGCGGUGGACCCCCCAAAUGGACCAAAAUUAAUUUAUUACUACUUAGUUACUACAAAAAAAAAUUACAUGGAAGUUGCCAUUC